AUGAAAAUUUAAUUUGCUUUGAUAGUAUUUUGCAUUAUUUCAACUUUUGCAAGCUGUAAUUCACAAAAUAACUUUCUCAGAAUGGCUGCAAAAUAGUUUGCUAGUUCUGACAUAUUCCCUCUUGUAUCAACAGUGCCAAAUAUGGAUUACCAUCAACUUGUUUAUGGAUAGCAAGCCUAUAACAUCAACUACAAAGGUCCUCCUUAAGGAUAUACUUUUUAUUCUGGAUAUACUAGAAAUUAAGUAACUUUCUAUCUAGCCCCUGAUUAACUAACUGCUCGUGACUAAACUGACAUCUUCAUAGUUAGAACUCAUAAUAUUGGUAAAUUCAUUAUGUCAAAAUUUUAAGAUACUAUUGGAGAAGACAUAUAUGUUAUAAUUAUUAACGUGAUUGCCACUCUUGAUUCUAGAAUUAAAAAAGUUUCUGUUUAUAACAAUCCUGAAAAUGUACAAUUUUACUACUUCUUCCUUGAAAAUUAAUAGAUUCUCUCUGGUUAAAUAAUCAAAUAAUCUAGAUAAUAAUAUGUAAUCGAAAAAUUGGAAAGUGUCUCAAAUGAUUUUGUUGACUUGAUCAAUGACACUUUAUUUUUUAAGACAUAUUUCUUAGCUAAGACACAAGUAAAUGGAAUUGUUAAAGAAGUGAAAACAUCUUAUCCUUUAAAUAAAUCUGUGAAACAGGUAUGUUUAUCUACUUAAAAUGUACUCACAUUUGUAACUGAUUAAGAUGAAGUCUAUUAAGGAAGUAAUAUUAUCUCUAACUUACCAUAAUAACCUAUUGUUGAUAUCUAACCCGGAAAAAAUUCUACCUUCUCUCUUCUAUACAGAGAUAGAGCAGUCAUUGUUAAUUCUUAUCAAACAGCAGAAAAAAGCUUAACUUUCCAACAAACAACCAUUAAUAUUCAACAAAAAGAGUAUGGAAUCUACAAAAGAAUAAGUUUAGCUAAUAUUGAAGGUGUCUACUCUGAAAAUUACAAAGUUAUCUUGAAUACUAAUAAUCAAUAUAUUGAUGAAUCCUCAGUAGAUUUCUUUGUUUCUAACAAUUCUAUUUAGGCUUGA